AUGAGUAAAUCAACAAAAUCCAACUCAAAGGCAAACGGAAAACCUGCCGCUGCUCAAUCAAUUCCAAAACCAACGGCCCAAGCCAAUGGAGGAGGCUCCAAGAAUGUUGGUACAAAUGGCACAACCAAAGCAAACUCUAUUCCUGCCCCACAAUUAGAUCAUGUUGGGUUAAGUUCCCCAGAAUCACCAGCAUCGUCACCUCAAUCAACUGGUGAAGUGCCAUCAUUGGAGCACAGAAUCUCCAUCAAAAGAUCUAGUCAAGAGUCUACUUUAGCUGAUAUUGCUUCCGGAAAAUCUAACGAUACAAGUCAAACAUCAUCUACUCAAGCCACAAAGACUGGACAAGCCGAGAUUAAAUCUGCCCCAAAUGAUGGGUUUGAAUAUAAGUAUACCGAGUUGUCUGAGAUCCCAAUUGGUGUUCAAAAGGUGACUGAUGGAUUCUUUUCUGGUAAAACACAUUCCCUUCAAUUCCGUUUGAACCAGUUGAGAAAUCUUUAUUUUGCAAUUAAAGACCACCAACAAGAAAUUUGUGAUGCAUUGGAGCUUGAUUUUGCUAGAAACUCGUCAGAGACUAGAAACUAUGAAAUUGCUACUGGAUUGAAUGAAUUGUUAUUUACCAUGACUCAAUUACACAAAUGGGCCAAACCUGAAGCUGUUACUGACUUACCGGUUAAUUUAUUGACAAAUCCGGUAUAUAUUGAAAGAAUCCCCUUGGGUGUUGUGUUGGUCAUUUCUGCCUUUAAUUAUCCAUUAUUCGUUUCUAUUUCACCAAUUGUUGGUGCUAUAGCUGCUGGUAACACAGUCGUAUUCAAACCUUCAGAAUUAACACCAAGAUUCUCGAAGUUGUUUGUCGAGUUGUUGACAAAUGCGUUAGAUCCAGAUAUAUUCUUUGCUGUUAACGGUGCUAUUCCCGAAACAACUGAAGUUUUGAAUCAGAAAUUCGACAAGAUCAUCUACACUGGUAAUGGAAUGGUUGGUAGAAUCAUUGCCAAAAAGGCAGCUGAAAACUUGACUCCAGUUGUUCUUGAAUUGGGAGGUAAGUCACCUGCUAUUAUUUUGGACGAUGUUAAAGACAAAGAUUUGACUGCUGCUGCGCGCAGGGUUGCUUGGGGCCGUUUUGCCAAUGCAGGUCAAACUUGUAUUGGUGUUGAUUAUGUCUUGAUUGCCCAAUCCAAACGUGCCAAAUUUGUUGCAGAGAUUAAGAAAGUCAUUGAAAAGGAACUUUACCCGGGUGUCAAUAAAAAUGACAAGAAUUUCACUCACAUGAUUCACGACCGCGCUUUCAAUAGAAUGGUUAAGAUCAUCAAGGAGACCAAAGGAUCAAUUGUAACAGGUGGUGAAUACGAUGCAGAGACCAAAUAUGUUGCUCCAACUGUGAUUGAUAAUGCUUCUUGGUCUGAUUCAUCAAUGGAAGGAGAGAUUUUUGGACCAAUUUUGCCAAUUAUUAGUUACACCAACAUCAACGAUGCUUGUAAAGAGAUUAUUGGAAACCACGACACCCCAUUGGCCGCUUACAUCUUCACUAGUGGAUACACAUCAGCUGAAAAGAAUCCUCAAAUUGCCACCGUCAAGAAAUCUAUCCGUUCAGGUGGUUUAAUAGUCAAUGACGUUUUGAUGCACAUUGCCUUACACAAUGCACCAUUUGGAGGUGUUGGGGAAUCAGGAUAUGGUUCAUACCAUGGUAAAUAUUCCUAUAGAACAUUUACCCACGAAAGAACUGUCAUUGAACAACCUUUGAACAAUGAUUGGAUGUUGGAAGCAAGAUACCCACCAUUCUCUGAUUCAAAGGAUAAGUUGAUGUCGUUAGGUUUGGCUCCCUAUGGAGGUAGAGUUUGGUUUGGAGAACAAGGAAAUGUUAGAGUAGAUGGUCCCUCAGCUUUCUUCAAGACUUGGACUACUGCUGUUGGGUUGGUGAGUUUGGUUGGAGAACUUGUCAGGUCCAAGAUUUAG